AUGGACAAAGAUGACAUGCCGGAUGAUCCGGUGAGUGGUAAGAUGGUUAUGACCACCGCCUACAACUUGAAUCUUCAAAACGGUCAGAUAUUGCGUUUUGCUAGCCAAAGCACACUAAACACAUUUCUGCAGGACCCGAAUACAGGAUUGAAGGGCGUCGCAGCUGUCAGAGCUUCUGAUAUUCACAGUGAGAAAACGCAAAAAAGCGUCCUGUGCCCUGUGUGCGGUAUGGAAACAUCCGUUAACCAUGGAUCGGAAGUAAUUAUGUUACACGGCGACCAAGCGGUGCAUACCUGCAGUAUGGCACAUGCGCGCGAAAUAUACCUGAAUAUACUGUCAUAUCAAGUAUCAGAAGAGAGCGAUGACAAUGUCAAAGAGCAAAACUAUUGCACUGGACCUGGUACGACCAUGUUAAAUGGAUUUUCGCUUAGCAGAUCUUCCACGCCAUGCAUUUUGCUGUGGUUUCCUGGGUGGGUGCUGAACUCGCGUUUGCGCUAUAUAUUUGGUGGCAUUAUAGUAGCGCUAUUGGCUGUCUUUAAUGAGUAUUUGCUACAAUUACGGCGCAAGCUGCGCAAGGAGAGCAGCUUAAACUAUCUUAUGAGCAUCGAUGCGAUAUAUGGAACGGAGGGAGCUCGACUGACGCGGCUUACAGCGCCGAAUAUGCCGUUGGUUCAUUCUCGUGGACCGUCAUGGUUCUAUUCGAUGUCUACAGAGAUGCAGCAUAGUGUGCACAGUUUGCUUCACGGUAUCACGCUCUUUGUGGCCUAUAUGCUCAUGUUAGUUUCGAUGACGUAUGACUUUACGCUGCUACUUUGGGUGCUUGGAGGCUAUGUUUUUGGCCACUUUGUAUUUGGUGAACGUUGUGAAGCGCCUUUUAGUAGGAGUGGGAUAGAGGCAAACUUUCCUUGA